AUGUCCCGUUCUACGGAUCGCAGCGCGACGGGCGAUUGCCCGUCUCUUCCUUGGAGGGCGCUUUCGGCUACGACGAUUUUCGGAGUCGCUGCGCUGUGCCGUUCGUUCUUGUUUAUGUGUAGUCGUCCGGAAAUCAAUGGCUUGGAUUCCUUUCUGGAAUUACUCGAGUCCCGACAGGAUAGGUCGCGAAGGACGAGGGGUUUGCUGACAGUCUCGAACCAUAUAAGCGUUAUGGAUGAUCCGAUCAUGUGGGGAGCGAUUCCAUUACGGUGGAAUUUUGGACUUUCCUCGUCCAACAAGAGAUGGGGCUUUGGCAGUCAUGAUAUUUGUUAUCAAAGCCGACCUCUAGCUCUCUUCUUCACGAUGGGCCAAGUGCUACCCACACAUCGACUAGCACACUCGCCCUACGGCGGUUUGGCGCAGCCAGCCGUAACCCAGGCUAUCCGGUUAUUGUCGAAGGGGCCGUUCCCUCCAGAUCCACACCUCCCGCCUCCCGAAAGACAGCACUGGAGCUUAGAGAACAUCUGCGUCGACCCAUUUUCGGAUCUUCCCACGGCUUACACCACUACUGGAAUGGAUUCACAUCUGGCACCGUCCGCCUACGCCUGCAACUCAUACUCCUGGGUCCACAUCUUUCCCGAGGGGAAAAUACACCAGGCCCCGAACAAAACGAUGCGUUAUUUCAAGUGGGGUGUCGCCCGACUGAUAUUGGAAGCAAACGAGUGUCCUGACAUUGUCCCAAUCUGGCUAGAGGGAUUUGACCAGGUCAUGCACGAAAGCCGUGGCUUUCCUCGGUUCCUUCCUCGAGUAGGAAAGGAGAUUAGCAUCACAUUUGGAAAGAAGGUAGAUUCCGAGGCUGUCUUUGGCGACAUGAGAAGAAGAUGGCGAGAGAUCAAGGCAAAGGCUGAGUCAGCGUCACCGGAGUCUCGCAAUCUUCCCCUCGGGGUACUUAGCGACGAACUGCUGCACGACGAAGAGGCGGUGGAGCUGCGAAAGGAGGUUACCAAGAAGGUCCGGGAUCUUGUCUUGGAGGUAAGACGGACCAGAGGCCUCUCCGACGAAGACCCCAAACACGGUCUCGCGGAGACAUGGAUUGAAGAAGGUCCGCAACGAGAAGGCAAAAUGAAAGAUGAGUCAUGGUCGAGUCCAGCCCUGUUCCCUUCUCCGGGUGAGGGGGCGAAAUCAUCCGUGGGUAAAAACAGAACCCCCCAAGCUGCUCCAACGCCGCUCCGUCAACACCCCACCUGCCUCCCGUUCCUUUCUGUCAUCAUAUUCUCUAUGCCCAAAAAGCACCACAAACACUCCUUCGCGAAGCCUGUCAGUCCCGCUCAUCAUACGUUAAUCUCCUCCGGCCCUCGUAACCAAAAUGAACGGUUCCAUGCUUCGCAGGCCUCGUCCUCGAGCGCAUCGACACCAUCGGUCAACGACCUGAUCAACCACCUCCGUCGCACUCAGGUUUCCCGCUCGCCUGAAGACGGCGCUGGCAGCCCAACCCGGUUUGUCGCUCCUCGAUCGGUCCACCCGUCACUACGGAACUUGCUAGAGCUUCCUGAAACCCCACCACCUCGUCCCCGCCCAGAAGCACGCCGCGUCGGAGUUACUGGACGACGGCUCAGGAGGACUCCCGGACCGCCGCCCCCCCAGAGCUGGCUCUUGGGGAGUCAUGAUAACGAUACAUCGGAUGAAGAUUUGAAUGCGACAAAUGCUGCGCGAGUGGAGAGGAUCAUAUACCGGUUGGAUCGGCUACCGGGGACCACGUUCCCGCGCAAGUCGGACCUGUUGCAUAUGGUUCUGAAGACCAUGGCGUCGCAAUGGGCGUGGCAUAUCGAGUACGAUGGGCAAUUUCUGGCUGUGCUGCCCAGUCAUGUCAAGAUUUUGCUGCUGAGCUAUAUUGCUGGUUAUGCGAGAGAUCAACCUCUAAAAGGGCUGAUGCAUGGGUUGAAGCCUCUGUUUGAGAGAUUCGGUACUGAUGGCUAUGAGAGUGGGGAUGCUGGGGAUAUAGCCCAAGAUGGGGACUCAGAGGUUUCGCGUCUGGAUUUGAGCAGUGCAUUAGGGCGCUGGAUGACUGUAAAACAGCUCUCGCGUGAACUUUUGCUUUCGAACGAGUCAGGAGCAAGUCCUGCACAAGGCAAGACUAAAAGGCCUGUUCCGUCAUCGUGGGAGGAGAUCGAUGACGAAGAAGAAUUGGUGGAUGAAAAUCCUAAUCUGCCCAUUCCCAAGGCAUUAAGCCAGGGCCUUCGCUUCCAGAAUCUGCGCUUCCUCUCCCUAGCGCACCCCAAACCCGCAGCUGCGAACUGGAACUCCCUUGUCGACCUCCUAUCGCGUCUAUCAACAAUUACCCAUCUCUCUUUGGCGCACUGGCCUUUACCGACAGUUACUCCGAACGCUAUGAACACCCGUAUCAGGCAUCCCACCCAACGAUCCCUCACCUUCGCCUACGGCGGUACAGACUCUUACUCUGGAAUGGAGGACAACUGGGCCGAAGCAGCUGCCAUUCUGCGCAGGGUCUCACGCGUAACAUAUUGUCUGAAGUGGUUGGAUCUCGAAGGUUGCGGGGACUGGAUCCCCGCGUUGACGUGGGAAGGCGUUAGCCCGGACGGCGAAGCCCUACCCUCUGGUCCCGAAUGGAACGGAUCAUGGAGGGAUAUCGAGUAUAUCCGCCUAGGACCUGGGUGGCUCCCUCAUGUCGAGGACAGUGACUUCGCCGUACCCCAAAGCGAUGCAAGUGAGCGACUACCAUCGUCUCCUUUGCGAUCGCUCGCUUCGUCCAUCCAUGCACCAUCUCCCGCUCCGUCCGAUACUCCGGAUCUUCCGUGGGAUGUCGAGGUCGAACGCAUCAAGUACAGGCGAGCGAAGGAAUUGGAGUAUUACCGGGAGACUCUGCGUUCUGCGAAAGCGGUGCAGAGAAGUGUUUUGCAGCUUCGGCGGAGCGGACGAGGAAAGUGGGUGCAUUUUUCUUUUGGCUUGGAGGGAUUGGAUGCCGGCAUCCUUAAAAAAUUACUCGGGGCGGAUUAUCGAAGUUUCGUCCCAUGA